UUCUUCAACAACUGCAGCCAUCUCGGUAGCUCGCUAGCCAACAAAGUCGGAACAUUCAAGUUAUUUAGACAAUUUCGUGGUUUAUUUGGCACUAUGAUUUAAACAUACCUCUGUGGAAACAACCAGCUACCCCAUUUAAUAUUUACGUUGUAAGUCAACUAGCUUGCUGGUUAAGUUAGCACUAGUCUAGUCGCUUAUGCUAACUAGCUAUUAUCCCCGACCAUGAGUUCACCUAACUACUCUCCUCCUGAUAAAGAAGAGGUGGUCUGCUGGAUGGAGAAAGAAGCUCUCGUCAAAGAGGAGGAGGAUGUUACAAUACAAAAACAAGUAGGGUAUGAGACUGUUACCGUGAAAGAAGAAAAGAAAGACGUUACAGAGAAAGAAGAGGAAGACGCGUUCAGAGUGAAAGUGGAGGAGGAUGUUACUGUGAAAGAAAAAGUGAAAGAUGUUACAGAGAAAGACGCCUUCAGAGUGAAAGAGGAGGAGGAGGAUGAAGUGAAAGAAGAUGAAGACGUUUUUGGAAUGAAGGAGGAAGAGGGGGAGAUUACUGUCACAUUAGAGGAGGACGAAGAAGAGAAGACUGGAGAACUGAUUAACACCAGCAAAUACAGAGAGAGAUGUGACUAUCGUGGAAUCUCUGGCGAGCCUCAACAGCCUCAUGAUGCUGACAGGGCAGAGAAGAGUCUCUCCAGAUCAGAACUCCUCAAGAAACACCAGCAGAGACCCACAGGGAAGAAAUCUCACUGCUGCUCUGACUGUGGGAAAUGUUGCAAAUCUUCAUCAGAACUUAAAAUACACCAGAGAACACACACAGGAGAGAAAUCUUAUAGCUGUGAUCAAUGUGGGAAGAGUUUUACUAUAUCUAGCCAUCUGACUGCACACCAGAGAACACACACAGGAGAGAAACCAUAUGGCUGUGCUCAAUGUGGGAAGAGUUUUUCUACAUCUAGCCAUCUGACUGUACACCAGAGAACACACACAGGAGAGAGACCGUAUGGCUGUGAUCAAUGUGGGAAGAGUUUUACUAUAUCUAGCCAUCUGACUGCACACCAGAGAACACACACAGGAGAGAAACCAUAUAGCUGUGAUCAAUGUGGGAAGAGUUUUUCUACAUCUAGCCAUCUGACUGUACACCAGAGAACACACACAGGAGAGAGACCAUAUCACUGUGAUCAAUGUGGAAAGAGUUUUGCCAAAUCUAGCCAUCUGACUGCACACCAGAGAACACACACAGGAGAGAAACCAUAUAGCUGUGAUCAAUGUGGGAAGAGUUUUGCUAAAUCUAACCAUCUGACUGCACACCAGAGAACACACACAGGAGAGAAACCUCAUAGCUGUGAUCAAUGUGACAAGAAAUACUCUGAUAAAAGAUCUCUGAUUAAACAUAAAAUACAUGAAGGAGUUGUUUCAUGAUAUCAAUGAAAUAAUGUCACAAUGUAGAAUGUUUUAACAUUGUAGUAGGACUAUUUAAAUGAUGUCACAAUGUAGAAUGUUUUAACAUUGUAGUAGGAGUAUUUUAUUGAUGUCACAAUGUAGAAGCCUAAACAUUUGUCCCUGUUAGACUUCCCACGUUGGUGACACACUUGAAUCAAAAUGCAACACUUCAAAAUGUAAUGAUCUGUUUUCUACAAGUUGUUCUCUAACCAGGGAUAUACACGUUACUCCCAGAUUCUGUGUGGUUUUUGAGCUGUUAGUUUUAACAGGACCUGCAACCUCAUCUCCCUUCUGUCACACAAUUGAUUUCAACAUGAUAUUGUUGAGUGAUGACAAAUAAGUGUUGCGUUCCUUCGUUUUGCGACCCCUAAAUUUAAAUGCAUCACUCCCAAAUGUAGCUGGCUGUCUUCUGCAGGUUGUCCUCUAACCAGUGAGGUAAAAUGUAUCUCCCAUUUCCAUGUGUUUUUUUUUUGUUUCAACAGCACGUACAACAUGAUUUAUUGCUACUUGUCAAAAGAACAGCGUUUCUGAUGCUUGUGCAGUUUAUAAGGAGCUUGUUUAAAAAAUACAAGUAAUGUGAUUCUUGUGGCAGUUUGUGUACAUAGCACAUUUUAUGUUUAGGUUUUCAAUAUAUCACAAACUGUUUCUGCAUAUUGGUUAUUGAUUUAGACACAUUAAAACUGUGUUUUGACAUUGGGGCUAUUCCACCGAGCAAAAUGUCAAUGGAAAGAAGACUAUGCCCGACGUCCAAUAUUUGUUCGGUUGUAGUUGAAAAUAUUGUAACGACCCGGUAUUGUGUUCUGUGUUUGUGGGUGUGUUAUGGUUCUCAUGGCUACUAGCAGGGGUUAAAUAUGUCAGGACAGAUGGAAAGGUUGGGGGGGUAUGAUGGGUAAUCCCGCGGGAUUUGGAAAUGCAUAAAGAGGGAUGAGUGUCUCAUAUCUCCCUCUUCUGUUCGGGCCUUGAUCUGUUCCUAUUAGAGUGACCUUAACUCGACAUGUAUAAUUGUGUACGUUCGGCAUUAGCGGCGUGGGCUGUGGCCUGAACAAUAGCCCAGUUUAGGAAUAAACCUGUGUUCUGACCUGUA